UUUUUUUUUAUCUCUUUGACAUAAAUCGAACCCAUAGCUUAAAAUCUUCCAAUGCUAAGCUCUGUAGGUUGAGCUCACAUGGCUUUACCCUUAAAAUCUCCUUGGAUGGAGCAGAUGUGGCAGAGACCGUGGCGCACCGCAGCUGAGCGGAGAGAGAGGAGCGCGCACGGAGACGCUCUUGGAGACCUCAGUCAUUCCCAUCAGUCUCCGCCGGCCAGUCAGACAUGCUGUCACAUCACGGUGCAGCCCUGCUGAAUGUUGCACAACAAAGGAUGAUGCUCCGUAGCAGAAGAAAAGAAGAGAGGCAAGAUAAAACACACGAAGACCGUUUCAGCACCGGAAGCUUGACAGACUUCCCACGGAGGAGCGCGCGGAGAGGAGUGUUUUAUGAAGAGAUCGCUGCCCAGAGGAACAAAUGCAAACAUCAGCUGGAGCAUUCUCCUGGUUCUACCAACUAGAAUGUCGACCGUCGGUGCUGCUUUUGCAGGAUUCUCUGAACCUGGUGCGUUUGGGACAGAGACGACUGAGGAGAACAUUUUAAAAUAUUUAUAGCAGCAGUUGGACAAAAAUGUUGGUUGUGACGAGAAGCCUGAGGAUAACCCAGUCUGUGGGAGAGCUGGUGCCGAGACAGUUGAGUUCUCCGCCAGCGACUCUGUCUAUCUAGAACUCCUGAGAGAGGCACAGCUGCUGCAGGCUGCGGAUGUGAUGGGGUGAGUGCUGACAUCCUCUCCACCCAACCCCUCUCUCACUCUAUUAGCACCAGAUUUAAAACAAUGGAUACAAACUUCUCAACCGUACGAGAUGGCAGGCAGCUCACACUGGAGAGAGACUCGUCUAAACGUGUUCUGACAGGAUGCUUCCUCUCAUUGCUCAUUUUCACCACGCUGCUCGGCAACACCCUCGUGUGCGUCGCUGUCACAAAGUUCAGACACCUGAGGUCGAAAGUCACCAACUUCUUUGUCAUCUCGCUGGCCAUUUCCGACCUUCUGGUGGCUAUCUUGGUAAUGCCGUGGAAAGCGGCAACUGAAAUUGUUGGGUUUUGGCCCUUUGGAGCGUUCUGCAAUGUCUGGGUCGCGUUCGACAUCAUGUGCUCCACCGCCUCCAUCUUGAACCUGUGUGUCAUCAGCGUAGAUCGCUACUGGGCUAUCUCAAGCCCAUUCCGCUAUGAGCGCAAGAUGACCCCAAAAGUGGCGUGUCUGAUGAUCAGUGUGGCGUGGACACUGUCUGUGCUGAUCUCCUUCAUCCCAGUUCAGCUCAACUGGCACAGAGCUCAAACCACCAGCUACUCAGAGCUUAAUGGGACGUACAUCAGUGACCUUCCUCCUGACGAAAACUGUGACUCCAGCCUUAACAGAACCUACGCCAUCUCUUCUUCCCUCAUCAGCUUCUACAUCCCCGUGGCGAUCAUGCUUGUUACCUACACACGGAUCUACCGCAUAGCCCAGAAACAGAUAAGAAGGAUAUCGGCUCUGGAGCGAGCAGCGGAGAGCGCCAAAAACCGCCACAGCAGCAUGGGGAACAGCUCCAACAUGGACUGCGAGAGCUCAUUCAAAAUGUCUUUCAAGCGAGAAACCAAAGUCUUAAAGACCCUCUCUGUCAUCAUGGGCGUGUUCGUGUGCUGCUGGCUUCCCUUCUUCAUCCUGAACUGCAUGGUUCCAUUCUGCGAAGUGAACCUACCGGAUGGCUCCACAGAAUUCCCGUGCAUUAGCUCCACCACAUUCGACGUGUUUGUGUGGUUCGGCUGGGCCAACUCCUCCCUCAACCCCAUCAUCUAUGCCUUCAAUGCUGACUUCCGCAAGGCCUUCUCCAUCCUCCUGGGUUGCCACCGGCUCUGCCCUGGCAGCAACGCCAUUGAGAUCGUCAGCAUCAACAACAACAUGGGCGCCCCCUCGUCCAACCCCAACUCUCAGUAUCAACCCAAGAGUCACAUCCCGAAGGAGGGCAACAACGCUGCCAGUUACGUGAUUCCCCACAGCAUCCUGUGUCAGGAGGAGGAGUUACAGAAGAAAGAUGGAUUCGGAGCGGAGAUGGAGGUGGGGAUAGUGAACAACGAGGGGGAGAAACCAUCCCCGGCAGUCUCUGGGAAUUUAGACAGUGACGCUGAGGUCACACUGGAAAAGAUCAACCCCGUAACGCAGAAUGGGCAGCAUAAAGCUGUGUCGUGUUGAGGAAACGUUGGCAGGGAUUGAUCAGGAAGCAGCGAGGGGCGCGUGAAAGAACUAAAAAUGGGAAGAGUAAAAAGAAACAUUUGAAACAGACAUCGGUCUGAGAUCAUGCCUGACAGGAAACAAGUGACAGAACUAAAAUCCACACAAAAAUAAAAAAAAAACCUACAGAAUGUUUUAAAGUCAAGAGCACUUUAUCCUGGUUAUAACUAUCUGCAAAACACGUUCAGCGUUCAUUGACGAAAUUCGUACCUUUGAUGAUAAAUGUUGAUAACAUGUAUAUUAAAGCAGAACAAAAUGCAUUUGUAUACAUUUCUUCAACUAUUUAAAAAAUGUAUACAUCUGCAUGUGUACGCUGUACAGUAACAACACUCUGGGAGGGAUUUGACUAUAUUUAAGGGAGGAAAAUGUAGAACUAGUGAAAUAUCAUGUAGGUAGGUGCUUUGUCUGUGUCACAGCCAAGAGAGAACAACUUGAGUCAAUCGGUGCAGUAAAAUUAGCUACUUCAUGCAGUUAUUUCUCAUUUCAGCUCAUUUGUAAAGGCGGUUUUAUUGCAACAUCUGUAUUAUACCCAUAGUUUUAUUUUACUUUCUUCAAAUGCCAAAGUAACAAUGAUCUGAGUGAAGUUUAAACGUGAAAGAACGUGAUAAUGUUUGAAAUGAUUUAAAAGUCAAAGAUUCAGCUGAGAGAGAGCGAGACACAAAAAACGAGGAGCCCUGUGGUUUUGUUGCUGUUCUCUGAUCGAUCUCCAGUCAGCUGAAACUGAACAGCCGGUCUCACCUAAACUUUCCUCAUCUCUACUUUUUUAUUACUCCUUCUCUCCGUCUUCUGUUCUGUAGCAAAGUAACUCAUGCUCAUCUUCAUUUUACUGCUUUCUUUUCCUCAAUCUCCUUCAUGAUGCCCUCCAUUUCUAUCUGUCAGCAAACUACACUGUGAGAAAUAAAAUGUUGAAUUUACUUAACCAAGUUAUGUCUACUGAUUGCACUAAACCUAGCUGCUUAAUUGUAAACAACAAUAAACAUUAUUAUACAGUGUUAUAUCUAUCAGGAGUAUAUCAUGAGAUUUCAGAAGGCCCAAAAUUGUGCAGCUGGACUCUUGAGGGGCAAAGAAUGGAGGAACAUAUUUCACCAACCUCUGCAGUCAUGCACUGACUUCCUGCAUAGUUUAGGAUUGACUUUAAGGUUAUUAUUUGUGUUAGAAUCCUUGAGUGGUGCUGUUGCUUCUUACCGGAUUGAUUUGGUACACUGCCGUGCUCCGUCAAGCUAAUUCUGGUCAUUUGAUCAGGGUUUAUUGGCUGUUCAUUGGUUUAAACUGAAGUCAGGAGGGUAUUGGACUUCCUCUGCUCAGACACUGACUUUGUGGAAUGGUCGUUCAAGUAGCACCAAGGAGGAUUCCUCUGUGGAAACAUUUAAGGCUAGGCUAGGCCAUUUUUAGUCUCUAGCAUGUGCGUCUUUAUUGUUGUUCUUCUUGUUUUAUGGUCUCAACCUUUCAGGUUUUUAUCCUGUUUUAUUGUUUUCACCUCUUUUUUGAUGUGAUGUAGUUCAUUUUAGUGCCUUUGGCCCCCUGGCAUUCGUUUGCUUUAUAGAAAAGUUGAUGAUGAUUAUGUAAAUGUAUUUUACUCUUUACAUUUAAGCAACUAGGCUUAGUGGAACCAGUUGACAUAACUUGGCCAAGUAAACUCAGCAUGUCAUUUCUUACAGUGCACUUUUCUGGUUCUCUUAAUGAUCACUCUCCUUUGGCAGAAGUAUUUUCCUCUGUGCUGAUGGUUCUUUUUGUGGCAAAAACAGUUCAUAGUAUUUUUUUUUUCAAACAGAAAGAGUUUGAAUGUUUUGAAACUGAAACCCUUAGUAUUCACACACGAGGCAAAGCAGCAGAUCCACUCAUCCAGAAUGCAAGUGACACUGCGUGACCUUUUGCAAACUUGCAGAUAUCAGAUUUUGUAAAUUGCUCAUGCUGGGAGCCAUAGUGUGCUGUAGCGAUGAUGUGGAGCAUGCAGUGUGACAGCCGCUCUGUUUGUAGAGGUGGAGUCACAGACAAAACACCAUUAUGAAAAAUAACCCCAAGGCACUGGCUGUGUUUUGUGUCUUUGCACAGCUGUAUUGUGAUAAUAACAAGCAGUUGUUGGGGUAAGUGGAAAAGAAAAUACUGUGAAGAAAGUUUCAGCUGCCCAGAGCUUCACAAUUACAUUGCUGUUAAAAUACAGCUGUGAGUAAUUCUGGGGGCCCUAUAGAAAUGCUCAUGGUCAGUCCUACUGCUAGGGCACCGUUUAGUUCCUAGAUCUUAUUAGUGAACUGAAAACUAAGAAAAAAAAACACAAUUAAAAAAACUAUUAAAAAUAUUGUGAUGUUUCAAUAAAAAGUUAAACAUUAACAUUGUAUAAAUAACUAUUACAUCAUAUAUUGAUUGCCCAAAUAAAAAAAAAAAAGCAAAAAAGAACAAAACUUAUGUUUUUCUUCUGGUGUGGAAGAAAUUAAAUUAGCUUUAUUACAUCUUUAGUUGAUAAUAGCAAGUACUCAUUAAACUUUUUUUUUCAUUUACUGUUUUUUUAAGCAUCAUUAAGAAUCGGGGCCAUAAAUGUGCUCAACUUAUUUUUCAGCUUCUUAACAAUCAUUAAAAGUACACUCUAAUAAUUAAAUGUUGAAUUAACUAAAUUAUAUCAAACAGCUCCACUAACUUUUAACAUAACAUAAACAUGUACAGUAUAUUACCCUUUACAUUUAAGCAACUAGGUUCAAUGGAACCAGUUGACAUAACUUGGUUAAGUUAAUUCAACAGUUUAUUUUGUAGAGUGUAUUCUGACCAAAGGCAAUGAAAAACUGUGAAAGAAAAAAACAAAAAAAUUACUGAUUAGGCUAGAGAAAUGUUGUAAAAUAGCUUCAUGAAAAUUAUACACAACAACACAAACGUUAAUGAUGGUGGUAAAUUUGGAGGAGCUGGUGCCGAGCGAGUAUGGAGUAUUCUACAAGUUACACAAUUAAAGUAAUUUAAAUUAUUUUAAAAUAAAAAAUGGAACAAUAAAUGUCACUUUUCUGUCACCAAAGCCUACGAAACACGAGAUCCUAUUUGCUUUAACAUAGAGUGAAUUACGUUGUGUAAUGCGUGAGCCCAUGCUGUGAUCAGAGUUAGAUAUUAUUAGCUCUGAAGUCAAAGUUUGUACAUAGACUCAUUUUGAUCCUUAUGGUGUUGCUAGGGAGAGAAUCCUCCACAAUGUUCUUUCUGUGCCUUGUUUCCGUCCACAAAGGCGUGACGUUGUUGCACAUCACAGAAAGAAAGAGUAGAUCCAAUAAAACGCAACUGACUUUGAAUAAAGCUUUUGAUUUCCCUGAGCUGGAAAAUCAAACACUGUCCAGAUAGCAGCAAAGUGAGGGGAAAGUUUUUGGCUCAGCUUGUGCCACAAAAGCGCCCUGGUCGUCCUCCCCCUGCAUCCGCCCACUUGCUGCUCCAUCAUCAGGUUAGGACGUGACGUUUUUAAAACUCGGAUCAGCACCAUUGGGUUAUUUAAACUGACGUAAGAAGCGCUUGAGGUACAAAACGUGCCACGUGCCUUAAACUCUCUAUUCUCUCACAUCUGCAUCAGCUCCAUACUCGCUCGGCACCAGCUCCUCCAAAUUUACCACCAUCAUUAUUUCCAAGGCACACGCCAGCUCCAACAUGGGAUGAAACAUGAAGAAAGUGUAAUCUUUCAGGAUUGGACAUGAAAAGAGAACUGCCUUAGGGAGGACUUCUUCUCCACCCCCUCACUUCCUCACACCCCCUUCCUCCUCCCUCCCUCUCUCGGUUGCCUCUGUCGACUUGACGAGCAUCCCCGUUAACAAAGAUUUAAUACAUUAUUAAACAUACGGAGCAGACAGUUUCUUUUCUGAAAGACAAAGAGCUGAACCAGAGCCCCAUGGCCAUUUUACUGUUGCUGUAUUAUAAACAUGUUUUUUUUGUUUGUUUGAUUAUUUUCAAACCAAAAUUCAUGUUUCUGCCUGAAUGUGGUGACACAUGCUGUGAUUUAACCAGUGUUUUGAUACUCUUAAAUACAGUGUAAAUGUAGAAAUGGAGUUAAAUUUGAGAUUUUCUAUUCUGAAUCUGCCAGUUGAGAAUUAAAAUGUCUCCCAUGCACUCCCCCUGCAAGGGUCUCCACCUCGUCAACUCCAUGAGUCAUCUCUGCAGCUUCUUUGAUUUUGGAGAAGAGACAAGUAAAAACUCCCAGAAGCAAAACUGUUUUAUUAAUUUAUUUAUUUUUGCUUGAUGUGGAGUGUUUCCUCUAGGCAGCCCCGCCAGUAGAUCUGGUAGGGAGGGAGCAAAUAGUGUCUCAGUCAGUGGUGACACAACCCAUCCAGCAGAAAUCUUACUUCUUUACAAAUGAGCGUUCAGCAGAUGUUGAAACUGGACAAUUUAAAAGACGAGUCGUCUUGUUUAAAGUGACAUUAUGUAGUUUUUACCAUUAAUCUCUGGAAAUAUCCAUUGAAAUGUAGGAAAUGAAAUAAAUGAUGCACAGUUGUUGAAAAAUAUUGGCAGCUUCAUAACAAAUAAGCAUAAAAAUCGGGUCUAAAAUACAUGGGAGCGGGUCUAAAUCUGUGGGCGACGCCAUUUCAGAUGCCAUGUUGCAUUCUACGGGAGCCCAAGAGGACAAAACGUGUUCAUUGAUUUGUUGCAAGUUGUUACAAAACUUUCACCAUUAAUAAAUAUUGUUGUUUGACACAUUUAGCUCUUCGCUCGUUGCCAGUGAUGAGAGGGAAUCUGGUGUGCUUGUCCUUCUGUUAAAGGAUGAAUGAUUUGAUGACGUCUAUUGGUUUUUUCCUGAUUAUUACACAGCGUAGCGAAGACUUUUUUUUACAACAAUCUGUUGACAGCUUCUGAAUCACACAUUUGCCAUCUUCAGAGCCUUGUCGGUGUUGACGGCGUUACUUCCGCUGUUUAUCCGCGGGCAGUAGGGGACGGAGUCGCCCUCUACCGUCCGCGGCUUCCCGGCCGAUCACCACAUCCCAUGAAUGAUCCAGUGUGUAAAAUCCUGUUCAUGAUCCAGGGUCCACAUCUUAUCUCAAUCGCUUCUUUUAUCCAUCUUCUGUACUUUUGCUGUUCUGUUCUUAUGAUCCGUGUGCCGUCUCAGUCAUUAUAUCAUUUUCUGUUGGAAGAUGGCGACUGUGUCAUGCCGAAAUGGUCAGCAAAUUAAGGUAAAAAACUUUGUUACAUUAUGUGUUAAACAAAUACAAACAAUGGAAAUUGAGAAGAAAUACAGAAAGAAGAUUAAAAAAAAGAUGUGACAAGUACUUGUUGAAAAAAAUGUGUUCCCAGGGAUUUUUGACCCUAACGGCCAUCUGCAGGUCUGAAACAAAAAUACAAUUUUGGUACGUACUGCCCCCUAUCGCCAGGGAAAAUACACACUGUCACUUUAAUGGAUUCCGAUGGUGAUAGAAUCCCUACCUCAGCCUAAAGUCAGUGACAGAGAUUGAUGUAAUAACAAAAAUCUUAAACAUGUGAGUUCUAAAUGUUGGGGUUUGCAGGGAUAGAGUAUUGUAUAAUGUUGUGAUGAACACAAGUGCUUUCAGAAAUCCUUAAUAAUGUGUGUAGCACACUUACAUGCUGUAUAUUUUUCUCCAUUGUGGGAUUGAACUCCACAGUAAAGUGCAUCAGUAAAUAAAAACUUAUUUACAUGUUUCUGGUGUUCAUCCAGGUGAUGUCAAAGAUUAUAGCCCUUGAGGAUUAUUUAGUUUACAGUUUGUACAAGAAACAAAUGUGCCCUUCCUGUAAAAUAAACAUGUAUGUCUGUUUGUUUUUUUCUUUUUCAUGAA